CCCUCAGUGGCAGUGGAGAGGACACGCUUCAGCACCAUGCGUGUUUAAAGGAGGAGAUUUCUAUCCGGACAUUUCUUUCUAAAAACAGGCCAAACAGCAAAGUUUUCCACGAUGAGGCCUCCGGUGGAAGUCAGUGUGUUCCUCCUCUCUCUCUUGGCUCCGGUGGUUUUGUACACUAUUAACAACAUCAGUGCGCUUCAGGAAACUCUUCCUAUCCUGGGAAUGGGAUUGGUUGUCCUGGGAUCAGUUCUUCUUCUCCUCCUCCUCGCUGUGGGACAUCAAACCAAAGUGGACCCUUUGUUCUAUGCAUUUGCAGAGUUUUCCUUCACCUGCGUGGUGGGCCUGACUAACGCUCUGGAGCAGGACAGGUUCAUCUCUGGCUUCAUGGGCUUCUACUUAAAGAUGGGUGAGCCUCAUCUAAGCACCGCCUAUGCUGUGAUGAUGUCAUACUGGGAAGGCAUUUUUCACUACCUCCUCUUCCUCAUUAUCAUCCGCCGCAUGUUUAAUGGGAAGUCAUAUCGUAGUCUGGGUCUCCUGUGGGCCGGCUCCUCCAUCGCUCAUCAGAUCGUGCUCAUCCCAGGAGUGGUGAUUGGUAAAUAUGGGUCAAAUAUUAAGCCAGCCUUCUGGAGGAACAUCCCCUUCUUUGUGGCUCCUUUCUGGGCGGCCUCGGUGCUCUUCAGCCGACCCAGAGAGAUGCCAAUCAUCCCAGCAGAUAAGAUUUUAGCUGAGCAGAGAAAAAGUCUUCUGCGUCGACCUGUUGACCUGCUUUUGUCACUGCUGUCACUCGGAGCGAUGGCCUUCACUGUUUUCCGAGGCUUUGUGGUGCUGGACUGUCCUCUGGAUGCCUGCUUCACCUACAUCUACCAGUACGAGCCCUACCUCAAAGACCCUGUGGGCUUUCCAAGAGUUAUGAUGCUGGCAUAUUUGUUUUAUGCUCUACCCCUGCUGAUUGCCUUCUUCUACGGACUGAGAACACCUGGAUGCAGCUGGAUGUUGGACUGGACCAUCUUCUUUGCGGGGGCCAUAGCUCAGACUCAGUGGUGCCAUAUCGGUGCAUCUCUGCACUCCCGCACUCCCUUCACAUACCGAGUCCCAGCUGAUAAGUGGUGGCCUGUUAUCACCCUCAACGUGCUGCUGGCUGCUGUGCCCAUUCUGCUCGCCGUGCGCUGCCAUACCAUCCCUGCUUUUUUCAUGAAACCCGUUCCCAAAGGACAGACCGACAAGGAGAAGAAGAAAAACUAGACCACACACCAUGGUGCAGAGGAGUGUGGAGGAAUACUUCACGCAGUGACAGGGCUAAUGUUUGCUGGGGACCCUUGGUUGGCCUACAAACUGCAUUAAAGACCCAAUUUUUCGUCCCAGAGGAAAUCUGAAAGUGUUGCUUCCUGAGUCAACUGUUGAAAAUCAGUCACCUCGCUCAGCUGCGCUCCCUGCAUGGACUAUUGCACUCUGAUAAGAAGGCUGUCGAUGGAGGUGAGGACUGUGACUCAUGCAGACAGCCAAUUGGUUUCUUCCCAAACUGAGACUAUUGACCUUGAAACUACUGUACAUGUCAGUCAUGUUUAUAGAUAUUUAAGUGCACAAAUCCUCACUGAAACUCCACAGCUUUAAACAUUAUGUUUUGUCUGACCAGCGGUUCAAAACCUGAAUUAUAUUCAAUAUGUAACUUAAAAACUGAAGAAAAAAUGUUAACUAUCCUCACUUUGAAGAGGGUGAAGCAGAGAUUUUUUGAUGUUUUGUUUUUUGUAAAAUAAAAACAUACGAAGCAUUAAAAGUUA